UUGAUGAGGGGACAGGUUGGACACUGAUAAAGACGGUAACUCGCUAGUAAAGGAGUGCACGGGGAAAGAUGAUGACGAACAUUAGGUGACAGACAGGUGAAGAUGACAGCUGUUAUUGACUGAAUGACACUUUUUAUUUUUGACUUUGACAGUGUAUGAAUACCACUUUGACUCCAAGAUUCUGCAGAAACCCGUUGGUCUGCGUGGGUAUCUGAUCUGCACAGAGCAUCAUACACACACAUAAUCUGUGUGCUGGCCAGGUGUAAGCUACAGGUUUAGGCACAGAUGCGUAUAGAUGUGACAGAGGGACAGGUCCAGGCUAACAAACAGGUAUUGGGGAUGAAGGAGAGAGGGCAGGUACCAGACAAAGAUCCCUGGCCAGUGGCCCCAGAGGUCAGAAAGAUGGGGGUUAAGGGACCCAGCUUUAAGCCCCAAAUGGAGGGGGUGAAGCGAACUCUGAGGGUGACGAACCCCUUGGCUCGGGAGUGUUUGGGAGAGGUGAUGGGAACAUUUGUUCUGCUGAUGUUUGGCUGUAGUGCAUCAGCCCAGGUGAAGACCAGUAGAGAGACUAAGGGACAGUACCUCUCAGCCAACAUGGCCUUCUCUGUAGGGGUUAUGUCUGCCAUGUACCUCUGCAAGGGGGUCUCAGGAGCCCAUCUGAACCCAGCGGUCACUCUGAGUUUCUGUUCGUUGGGCAGGGUGCCCUGGGUGAAGCUGCUCCCAUACACUCUGAGUCAGGUGCUGGGAGCUUACCUGGCCUCUGGCCUGGUCUUCCUGGUCUACUAUGAUGCUAUCAUGGACUUCAGUGGAGGGAAUUUGACAGUGUAUGGGGCUAAUGAGACAGCGUCCAUCUUUGCCACCUAUCCCGCAGCGCACCUAUCUCUCAGCAGCAGCAUCCUAGACCAGGUGGUGGCCACUGCCAUGUUGAUGCUCUGCAUCCUCCCAUUGGAUGACCAGAAGAAUAGUCCUGCCCCCGACGCUCUGAUCCCGCCCAUCGUUGCCGUGAUAGUCCUGGGGAUCGGCAUGUCGAUGUCGUCCAAUUGCGGCGGAGCGAUAAACCCUGCCCGUGACCUGGGGCCACGCCUCUUGACACUGACCGCCGGCUGGGGCACUGAGGUGUUCACGUGUUAUAACUACUGGUUCUGGGUUCCCAUGAUGGCUCCUCUGCUGGGAGGGAUGCUGGGCUCUGGGAUGUAUCUGGUCUUCAUCGCAUGGCACCUGCCCGACCUUCCAACGAACCGCCCCAUAGACAGCUCCUCUACCAAGCCCACCACCGAGGUGUGGAAGCAGCCCCCAGCACCAGAGAAGGAAGGGGUGGAGUUGAAAACUGCUGUUUUCUAGAAAGUGUAGAGGAAGUCACGCCGACUGUUGAAGUGAGAAUAUGCGCAUUGAGCGAAAAUCUUUUCAUUUGAAUCACUGAAUUCCAACUGACUUGCAAGAGACUCCUACUAGAUGUGACCCACUGGGCAAAAACUGAUGAAUCAACGUUGUUUCCAUGUCAUUUCAACCCCCAAAAUUAAUGGGAUGAUGUUGAAUCAACAUGAAAAACUGAUUGGAUUUGCAAAAACUCAUCAAUAUAACGGCAUUUCAUCUUAUUUUCACCCAACUUUUCACCUAAUUACAAUGUUGAUUUCACGUUGAAUUCACGUUAGUUGACAACCCAACCAAACGUCAAUCAAAACCAGAUGUUGAACUGACUGCUUUGCCCAGUGGGGAGACAUUUCUCUGGCUGUUUCCUAUAGGAGAAAGGACAUGCUAACAGACUGAUUAGAGAACAUUUGUCCAAGCCUCCUCUCCUGUCAUUUUGAUCUAUUGAGAUGCUACUGCUGAUUGAGGAUCAGGUGUAUAUAUUAGUAGUGAGCUUCAAAAACACAUAGUCAGAGGUGAAAGGACAAAUUGAUAUUAUGAUUAGAGCCAGGCAUUCUGGUUGUUUUUUGAGGGUUUUAUCUUUGACAGGUAAUUUACAACAUUAUCCACUGGGUUUGUUGCAGGCAGAAAAUCCAAGGAAACGCUCUUUAAUUGAAACAAGCUGUCUCCAAUCAAUAAUUAAUUGUUUGGUUGUGAGUGAGUGUUUCGGGGAGGUGUAGCUCAAGCCAGGGGAGGCGUAGCUCUACGAAAAGUAAUUGCACAAAGCCUAUUAUUUGGCAGAGAAUGCUAUUUGUAUAAUGAACAAAAAUAUAAACGCAACAUGUAAAGUGUUGUUCCCAUGUUUCACGAGCUGAAAUAAAAGAUUGCAGAAAUGUUCCAUACACACACACACACACACACACACACACACACACACACACACACACACACAAAAAAGCUUAUUUCCCUCAUUUUGUGUACAAAUUUGUUUACAUACCUGUUAGUGAGCAUUUCUCUUUUGCCAAGACAAUACAUCCACCUGACAGGUGUGGCAUCUCAAGAAGCUGAUUAAACAGCAUGAUCAUUACACAGGUGCACCUUGUGCUGGGGACAAUAAAAGGACACUCUAAAAUGUGCAGUUUUGUCACACAACACAACACCACAGAUGUCUCAAGUUUUGAGGGAGUGUGCAAUUGGCAUGCUGACUGCAGGAAUAUCCACCAGAGUUGUUGCCAGAUAAUUGAAUGUUCAUUUCUGUACCAUAAGCCGCCUCCAACGUCGUUUUUGAGAAUUUGGCAGAAUGUCCGACCAGCCUCAUAACUGCAGACCAUGUAUAACCUUCUUCAACUGCAGGAUUGAGACCAGCCACCUGGACAGCUGAUGAAACAGAGUAUUUCUGUCUAUAAUAAAGCCCUUUUGUGGGGAAAAACUCAUUCUGAUUGGCUGGGCCUUGCUCCCCAGUGGGUGGGCCUAUACCCUCCCAGGCCCACCCAUGGCUGCGCUCCUGAGCAGUCAUGUGAAACCCAUAGAUUAGAGCUUAAUGAAUUUAUUUCAAUUGACUGAUUUCCUUAUAUGAACUAUAACUUAGUAAAAUCGUUGCAUGUUGCGUUUAUAUUUUUCAAUAUAGAUCAGUGAUUAUACACCUCACUUUGCUCAAGCUGAUCCUCUCCAACUCAAUCCCUGAUCAACGGAGGUUGUAAAAAUGGGGCAAUUAGGACUUCAAGGGGAGAAGAGAUGAAUCCAACCAGAAAAUAUAAAAAAACUCGAAAUCAGAAUAUCGCUUGACAAAAGAGCGUGCCAAUGAAAACAAUUCUGAAAAACCUGCAAUGCAGCAUUAUAUUAUAAACGGAAAGACAGGAUACACAGCCAUCGGAAAUAAAAUAAACACAUUACACUGUCUGAGAAGAACACACAUCAUUGUGUGUCAGUGUAUUUUUCUGUAGUUUAUGGAGAUGCUUUCAGUUUUUUUACCUCCGUUCAUUACAUGUGUGUUAAUGAAUGCACACAUUUUGGGAUUGUCAACUUUUUCGAGGGAUGUUGGCACUUGCAAAAGCCAUAUCCUCAGCAUUUAUGUUUUUACAUUAAUUUCUGUGGUAAAUGAAAAUGGCUACUUUGUUCGGAAAUUGGAUACUAUAUAAAAUCCCUAUUAUUCCAAUAUAAUGUUGAUAAGACAAUGAAUAAGUGAAAUGUUUGUUGCUAAUGUCCUUAAGACAGGCUAAUAAUUUGGUGCAUUAGGGUAAAGUGUAGGCUGCUGUUAAGUAAGCAUUUCUGUUGUAUUCGGCGCACGUGACAAAUAAACUUUGAUUUGAGAA